AACAGGAGGACGCGGGCAGGCGGGCCGGGUUUCCCGCGCGUUCGUAGUACCUGCCUGAGGUAGAAGGCGCAGGCCCGAACCAUGUCCGAGAUCUUGUGCCAGUGGCUCAACCAGGAGUUGAAGGUGUCCCAGACCGUGAGUCCCAAGUCAUUUGCAAAGGCAUUUUCCAAUGGCUAUCUAAUUGGAGAAGUUUUGCACAAAUUUGAACUUCAAGAUGAUUUUGCAGAAUUUUCAGAAAGCAGGAUUUCAACUGCCAAGCUUAAUAACUUUUCUCGCUUGGAGCCAACACUUCACCUUCUGGGUGUGCAGUUUGAUCAGAAUGUGGCCCACAAUAUCAUCACAGAAAAGCCAGGGGCGGCCACGAAACUUUUAUAUCAAUUGUACAUUGCUCUUCAGAGAAAGAAGAAAAGUGGUCUGACUGGAGUGGAAAUGCAAAUCAUGCAACCCCUGAGAAACACAAAACUUCAAAGCAUGAAAAGUGAGGUUUUCCGAGAUAGACUUAGAAACCUGAUACCACGUCAAACUGAUUUCAAUCUGAUGCGGGUUACACACAGGUUUCAAGAAAAAUAUAAACACAUGAAUGAAGAUUUUGUCUGCAUGCAUUCUAAGAAACCUGAAAAAUUUCAAAAACUCCAGGAAGAACAAAGAUGUUUUAAUAUCGAAAAGCAACGCUUGAGCAGAAGACGACAAAAUGAAAUAAUGGCCAAAAUCCAAGCAGCUAUCAUACAGAUUCCUAAGCCUGCAUCAAAUCGUACUCUGAAAGCACCUGACACCCAAAAAAUGAUGAAAAAGAAAAUAGAGGCAGAGGAUGUUGCCAAUGAAAUUAAGAAUUUUGAAGCAUUGAUAAAAAAGGAUCUCCAGGCAAAAGAAAGUGCAUCCAGAUCUUUAGAUACAGCAGGCCAGACAACCACUGAUUUGCUAAACACUUACUCGGAUGACGACUACAUUAAAAAAAUCCAAAAGCGCCUUGAAGUAGAUGCUUUUGCACGAGAACAAAGGGAAAAAAGAAGGCGGAGACUGCUAAUGGACCAGUUAAUAGCCCAUGAAGCACAAGAGGAGGCUUACCGGGAGGAGCAACUGAUCAACCGGCUGAUGCGACAGUCUCAGCAGGAGCGCAGGAUCGCUGUGCAGCUCAUGCACGUCCGGCACGAAAAGGAAGUUUUGUGGCAAAACAGAAUUUUCAGAGAAAAACAGUAUGAGGAAAGACGACUCAAAGAUUUCCAGGAUGCUCUUGAUCGAGAAGCGGCUUUGGCAAGACAAGCCAAGAUUGAUUUUGAAGAACAAGCCAUCAGAGAGAAGGAAAUUCAUGAGCAGAUUGCUGUAGAAAGAGCUCAAGCUCGUUACAAAAAGCAUUAUUCAGUAUGUGCAGAAAUUUUGGAUCAAAUACUUGAUUUGUCUACUAAAGUGGCAGACUAUCGAAUGUUGACAAAUAACCUGAUUCCAUAUAAGUUGAUGCAUGAUUGGAAGGAACUGUUUUUUAGUGGAAAACCCAUAUAUGAGCAAGCCUCUCUUAAGCAUCUAUCUGCUAAGCCCUCUGCAGAACAACUCGUAGAACUGGAGAAAAGGGACUUCCUAGAUAACAAUGAUUAUGAAGAAUAUAAGGUACCUUCUGAUAAGAAAUAA